AUGGCGACCAAUAACUCAGUGGUUGGUGGUGAAUCCUCAACGUACAAGAUCAAUGAUCGGGUCAUUUUAGUUCAGGUUUUGGUGUCAGUUUUUAUUUGCAUCAACUGUUUGCUCAUCACAACUUUGUUUAUGAAAGACUUCUACACAACCAUGCGGUACAUCUUAUUUGCUAUAACGCUACUGUCUGACUCUCUAUUUUUAAUCAUGACUGACAUCCUGCUCAUUUUGAUUUAUUUUAAAUUUACCAUGCAAAUGUGGUUGUGUGUUAUUAUGUAUAUUGUUUUGUCUCUGUAUACUUUUGUCACUCCAGUUACUUUGACAGCAAUGACACUGGAGCGCUAUGUAGCCAUUUGCAUGCCCCUCCGCCAUGGAGAGCUGUGCUCCACACGCAGAGCUCUGCACUGCAUCCUCAUCAUUCACGGCCUCAGCUCUAUACCCUGUAUUGUUGUUCUCUCCAUCUGGUUUGCUUCUGUGACCCCCAGCUUCUAUACCCAGGGCAGAUUAUGCUCUGUGGAGAUGUUCAUCUUUUACAAAUGGCAGGGUCAUCUUCGGUCAGCUAUCAAUCAGUUUUACUUCUUUAUAAUGUGCAUUAUUAUUGUAUUCUGCUAUGUUAAAAUAAUGAAAGUGGCCAAAGCUGCAUCAGUAGAGAAUAAAAAGUCAACAUGGAAAGGACUUAGAACGGUAAUUCUCCAUGCUUUUCAGCUGCUGCUCUGUCUCAUCCAGCUGUGGUGUCCAUUCAUAGAGGCUGCUGUACUUCAGAUUAAUUUCAUGUUAUACAUUAAUGUCAGGUAUUUUAAUUAUAUCACUUUUAUUCUUGCUCCAAGAUGUCUGAGUCCUCUUGUUUAUGGCCUCAGGGAUGAAAUGUUUUUUCAUGCACUGAAAUACUAUGCUCUCUGUGGCUUGUAUAAGAAACAACCAUCAAAUUUACGUUGA